AUGGCCGACCAGUGGGAUCGGCAUUCUAAGCUAGGUGUCUGGGUAACUUCGGAGCUCACAAUUUCACGGCAGAGCAGGCUAGAGGGACGAUUUGAUCCAGGGUUUCAGGUUUUCGACAGGAUGACCAACAGGAAUGUGGUGUCUUGGACCGCGCUGAUCCUCGGAUACGCCCGAGGUGGCGAUGGCGAGACAGCCCUCCAGCUCUUUCAAGUCGUGAAGAACAGUGGCAUCGCUCCAAACGCUCUGAUCACGUACAGCUCCGUGCUGAGAGCUUGCGGGAGCGUUGCGGCAGUGGAUAUCGGCAGGGCGAUCAUCCGAAAGGCGGGGCUGGAGCUUGAGCCAGCCUUCUCAUCAGCCAGUCAAGUCCGGAAGCAUGGGCGAGAGUGGUGUUUGACACAGCUCCGGUGA